AUGAUGGGAAAGGCCUUAGCCCUAGGGGGCCAGGCACAAGACGGCGCACUCAGAGGCACACCGGGGGGCGCACAGGGCUGUGCACCAGCGCGUUCACUAAGACCCACCUCGGGCGCCACACAGGCCUCCUCACUACCCACGGGACGAUGCGCCCGCUGGGACCCCCCGACGGCGGGCAUCCGUCUUCAGCACCAUGACGAUGCCACGGCCAGCACCAACAGCAUCGACAGCAGGAGCAACCACCUCCCACUGCGGAGAGCCGCCCGCCGGAGGCAGAACCAAAGGCACGUCAGAGAUACGGGCACCGACAUGACCAGCAACAUCAGGCACAUGGACCUCCGCCACCACCAACUGCGUAGAGUGCGAGGCACCCGGAACCACCCCAUCGACACCCGAAGACUCGCAGUCAUUGAAGUCACCCACAUCCGCCCAGGCAGAAGACGAACCACCACUUAUCAGCCCUCUCUCCUUCCUCCAUUGUUCCUUCUCGCUUGCUCUCCCACACCCACGGUCAUCACUGGCUCUCCCACACCCACGGUCAUCACUGGCUCUCCCACACCCACGGUCAUCACUGGCUCUCCCACACCCACGGUCAUCACUGGCUCUCCCACACCCACGGUCAUCACUGGCUCUCCCACACCCACGGUCAUCACUGGCUCUCCCACACCCACGGUCAUCACUGGCUCUCCCACACCCACGGUCAUCACUGGCUCUCCCACACCCACGGUCAUCACUGGCUCUCCCACACCCACGGUCAUCACUGGCUCUCCCACGCCCACGGUCAUCACUGGCUCUCCCACGCCCACGGUCAUCACUGGCUCUCCCACGCCCACGGUCAUCACUGGCUCUCCCACACCCACGGUCAUCACUGGCUCUCCCACACCCACGGUCAUCACUGGCUCUCCCACACCCACGGUCAUCACUGGCUCUCCCACACCCACGGUCAUCACUGGCUCUCCCACACCCACGGUCAUCACUGGCUCUCCCACACCCACGGUCAUCACUGGCUCUCCCACACCCACGGUCAUCACUGGCUCUCCCACGCCCACGGUCAUCACUGGCUCUCCCACACCCACGGUCAUCACUGGCUCUCCCACACCCACGGUCAUCACUGGCUCUCCCACACCCACGGUCAUCACUGGCUCUCCCACACCCACGGUCAUCACUGGCUCUCCCACACCCACGGUCAUCACUGGCUCUCCCACACCCACGGUCAUCACUGGCUCUCCCACACCCACGGUCAUCACUGGCUCUCCCACACCCACGGUCAUCACUGGCUCUCCCACACCCACGGACAUCACUGGCUCUCCCACACCCACGGUCAUCACUGGCUCUCCCACACCCACGGACAUCACUGGCUCUCCCACACCCACGGACAUCACUGGCUCUCCCACACCCACGGUCAUCACUGGCUCUCCCACACCCACGGUCAUCACUGGCUCUCCCACACCCACGGUCAUCACUGGCUCUCCCACACCCACGGACAUCACUGGCUCUCCCACACCCACGGUCAUCACUGGCUCUCCCACACCCACGGUCAUCACUGGCUCUCCCACACCCACGGUCAUCACUGGCUCUCCCACACCCACGGACAUCACUGGCUCUCCCACACCCACGGACAUCACUGGCUCUCCCACACCCACGGACAUCACUGGCUCUCCCACACCCACGGUCAUCACUGGCUCUCCCACACCCACGGUCAUCACUGGCUCUCCCACACCCACGGUCUUCAUUCAUUUAAAGAAAAAGCAACAAUUGAAUAUAGUUUCUCAGUAG